AUGAAAUAGGAAUGGCAAAAAAGUAUGUGAGGGGGGUGUAGGACAUGUUUCAGGGCAGCAAAACUGUGGUUAAGAAUGACAAGUACAGGUGGGAUUGCAUCAGGGGGCUGAGCUGGAGGUAAUCAGGAUGUACAGGAUUUGGAAAUGAAUACAUCAGAUGGACAGCUCAGGUUGAAGACGAGGCUAAGAUGGUUUGGAUGUGUGCAGAUGAAAGAGAAAGGAUGUUGAAGAUGGAGCUGCGAAGCAGGAGGAAAAGAGGAAGGAGUAAGUGCAGUGGAUUAGUGAGACAGAGGAGAAAGCUACACUAUGGCGACCCCUAAAGGAGGCAGCAGAGAGAAGAAGAACGCGACAAAAAUACCCUCUCUCGAGUUUCUCCGCAGUCAUGAUAAUCUCCGUGAUCCUAUUAGAGAAUGUGUUUUAAAUUCUCAAACACUCUCAAAAUACCCUUGUACUCUUUUUGAGGCUCAAGCAUCAACACCAAACGCUUUUAGCUAAUUGAAUAACUGUGUCUAAAGCGGAAGUUGUCGCAAUUUGACAUCACAUCCGUUUCUGGUGUUAGCUUAAACUCGGGUAGGAAGUAGCUGUCAAUGAAGGGCGCAUGGUGUUGGGAAAGUUUACCAUUAUACACGCAUUAGCUUCUUUUUCUGAACUACCAUGGACUGAUUAGACUUAGCUCUGCUGCUAACGUUAGUUUCACUGUAAGCAUUACAGUAUUGUUUUUAGCUGUCAACGUUUGUUUUCCAAGAUUUUCUGUUUAUUUAAUAAUAAGUCGGACCGGAAAAUCCUGUUUCAAGCUCACCUUCCAGAUUGUUCAAGACUUGGACUUUAACCAGGUCACUCACUAUCAUGCACGUUAAAGAAGAGAUUAUAGGCAUUUUAAAGCAGUUUGACAUAGGAGAUAAGUUUUCCUAUCUGCCAUUGCUGCCCAGAGCUUCUGUGCUGAUCCCGCUGUUCGUGAGGAGUGGGCGGCUGUACACCUUGCUGACGCUGCGUUCAAAAGAGCUGAGGACCAGUGCUGGUGAGGUGUGUUUCCCAGGUGGAAAGAGAGACCCCAGUGACCAUGACGAUGUGGACACAGCUCUGAGAGAAGCGGAGGAGGAGAUAGGUCUAUCACCUGAUGACGUUCAGGUGGUCUGUACGCUGUUCCCAAUCAUUAAUAAGACCGGUCUGUUGGUGACUCCAGUUGUUGGCUUCAUAGAGGAGUCAUUUUGUCCCAGUCCAAACCCAGCUGAGGUCAGUGCUGUGUUCACAGUCCCAUUGGACUUCUUCACCAGCAAGGAGGACCACCACUCUACAUAUGGUGUCGUUGGGAUGUCGGGGCUGCUGCACUCAUUUUAUUUUGUGGACACUGAUUCGGGAAGCCAAUAUCACAUAUGGGGAUUGACUGCCUUGCUGGCCAUCCUGGUUGCUGUCCUUGCUCUUAAAAAGAAACCCGACUUUGAAGUUGGCUUUGACUCUGAGGACCCACUAGCAUUCUUCCAACAGAUCCUACACAGAAGAAUCAGUAAACUCUGAACAGCUUUUCCACAAUACCUGAAGCCCCAUUGAAUUUACUGUAUAAUUUCUAUGAAUGUGUGUAAUAAUUGUUUGAAAGGAUGUAUAUAAACUUUUCAGAGUGUGGUGAAAAGAUGC